AUGGUUGCGACAAAGACAAACAAGGAUACUCAGCUACCAAUGCCGGAUGCACCUGAUGCUGCAUCGCCCUCAUCACAAGAGCUUGAGGAGAUCUGGGCUAACAAUACCGUUGUCCCAGAAUCUAUCACAGGCUGCGUUCAUGACUUGAUUACUGAGGUAGCGCAAAGACAACCAGAUGCUCUCGCUGUUUGCGCAUGGGACGGAGAUUUUACCUAUGCUCAACUAUCUACCCUGAGCGAUCAUGUUGCUCAUUAUCUCUGUGAAAUGGGCAAUCCACCAAGCUCCCCGGUCACCCUUCUUUUCCCCAAGUCACGAUGGACAUGUGUCGCCAUGUUGGGGAUCAUCAAAGCCGGAUGCGCUGCUAUUGCCCUUGAUUCCACUCAUCCAGAUGCGAGACUUCGAUCUAUCAUUAGGCAUGCGCAGCCAAAAGCAAUGAUAUGUUGCGCUACUACUCGGAACAGAGUAUCUCUAUUGUGCGAUUCACCCAUCCUUCAGCUCGACGAUAGCCUGCUGGAGAUUGCGGACACAAUGAAACAGCAGACCCUGGAUUUGCCUGUGGUAUCAUCCAAAGACAUAGUCUAUAUAUCUUUUACCUCCGGAACUACCGGGGAGCCCAAAGGAGCUUGCAUUAGCCAUGGCAAUGUGAGAAGUGCUGUACAUCACCAGGGUAAAGCUCUUGGCUUCUAUCAAGAGUCGCGAGUCUUUGACUUUGCGCCUUACUCGUUUGACGUAGCCUGGAGCAAUGUUCUUCAUACGCUGUGCGCAGGUGGCUGUCUGUGCGUUGCCAACGAGCAAGAUAUGGUGAAUAACCUAUCUGCUGCUAUCACGGCCUUUGCGGCUAGUCUGAUCAAUGUCACCCCCACUGUUCUGCGAACAAUUAGUUCGGUCCCACCCACACUUCAAACUGUCCUUUUGAGUGGAGAAAUGCCGUAUCGAGAAAAUGUGACUCAAUGGGCUGGCCGUGUUCGUCUUCUCAAUACGUACGGUCCCACCGAGUGUACCUGGAAAUGUACCUUCUCGCGGCUCAACCGCUGCGAGGAAGAACGGCCGGAUAUUGGGAGGGGAAUGGGAUUCUGCCUUUGGAUCGUCAGCGCCAACGAUAGCAGCCAGCUUGUUCCUCCUGGUUCUCCGGGAGAACUGUACCUCGAGGGACCCAUGGUUGGCCAAGGGUAUCUUUUCAAUCAAGAAAAGACGAGCGAAGCGUUUAUCGACAACCCAGCGUGGCUUUUGUCUGGGAGUCCUGGUGUCCCAGGACGGCAAGGCCGCCUAUACAGGACCGGAGACUUGGUCAAGACUCGAUCGGAUGGAAGCAUCCUAUUUUUAGGGCGGAAAGAUGUCUCUCAAUUAAAGAUUAGAGGUCAACGCGUUGAAAUUGGUGACGUGGAGCACCAUGCGCGUGCAUGUCUGAAUGACAGACUGACGAUCAUUGCGGAUACUGUGCUACCCCAAGGAAGCGAUACUGCACUGCUUGCGCUAUUUGUGCAGACCAAGAACCAGGAUCUCAAGGCAGUGAAGAGCGCGAUGAAUAAUCUUGUCCGUGAUCUAGACGGUUUAUUGCCAGCAUUUAUGCUCCCCAGCAUUUAUUUCCCCAUUGAAGAGAUACCGGUAGCUGCCACUGGCAAAGUCGACCGGCGACAACUGCGAGAUCUGGCAGCUAGCUUGUCUUUAGAGCAGCUUCUUCAAUUACAGUCGACCAUUCUGCGAGUCUAUGAAUACCGCGACCCGUCAACUGUCAGGGAGAAGCAGGUUCGUGGGCUCUGGGCGCAGGUAUUAAACAUACCAUCGACUGGAAUUAGCGCCACAGAUAGUUUCCUCCGCUUAGGUGGGGACUCAGUUGCAGCCAUGCUGUUGGUUGCUGCAGCACGGGAGGCCAAUCUAUCUCUCACAGUGGCAGAUGUGUUUAAGACUCCAGUGCUGAGUGAUCUUGCCCUCAUUAUCAAGGAAGAUUCUUUCUUUCCUGAAGCGGAAGGAAUUACGCCAUUUUCUUUGAUGGACCAUCCUUCAGAUAUUCAAAUAAUGCGCGAGGAGGCUGCUCAGCUCUGCAAUGUUGAAGUGGCUCAAGUUGAGGAUAUAUAUCCGUGCACCGCACUCCAACAGGGCAUGCUUUCUAUCACAGCUCGAAGCGAGACCAAUAACGUUGCACGGACAAUAUUUGAGCUUCCUAGCCACACAGAUCUCUAUCGGUUCGAAAAGGCAUGGCUAAGCACUGUUCGGGAAGCAUCAAUCCUGCGAACAUGGGUCAUCGACCUGACUAGCAAUGGUCUAGUUCAAGUUGUUGUCGACUCCCCCAUCACGCUGGAUCGAUACGAGAAUCUCACCGACUUCGUCAAAUACUCCGCCCCAAUGGGAUUGGGGGUCCCUUUGUGUCGUGCUGGCCUGAUUUCUGGAGCGACUCCCAGUCUUAUCAUGGAAAUGCAUCAUUCAAUAUUCGAUGGCUGGUCCACCAAAUUGAUAUUGGAUGCCAUCGAAGCCAAAUACCACGAGAAGAUUACCCCCUCGGCCAUACUACCCUUCCGGUCAUUUGUGAAAUAUUCAAAGGGGAUGGACAAGGAAAUAUCAUCGCUGUAUUGGAAGGCCUACCUGGACGGGGGCUCUGAAACGAAGAUGUUCCCGUCUCCGGGGUAUCGGCCAGGGGAAAAGCUUGACUUCAAUCACAAAAUCGCUGAAAUUUCGUGGAGACACUCGGGAACCACACCAUCAUCAGUAGUUAGGGGUGCCUUGGCCCUGUUACUGGCCUCAUACACAAAUUCCAACGAUAUCAGAUAUGGUGCCACCAUCAGCGGGCGACAAGCCAACGUGGCCGGGAUCGAACGAAUCGCCGGUCCCACAAUCGCGACUGUACCAGUCCGCGCGAGAUUUGACUGGAAUCAAACAGUCGAGAGCUGGCUUGAACAGGUUCAGACACAGACAGUGGAGGCCACCGAGCACGAGCAGCUAGGGCUGCAACAGAUUGCUGGGUUGAUUGAGGAAGCCAACCUUUUCCAACUCCUCCUGGUGGUCCAGCCGGCUCAGCAAGACCACGAGGUCGACGGUCUUUUCAGCAAGGCGAGUAGUGUUAUUAGCAACACUGAUCAACCUGGCAGUUUGAAAAUCGUGUGCAAGGAUGGAGAAGCCGAUACUGUGGGCAUGUACAACCCAUAUGCGAUGAUGAUUAUCUGCCAACUGCACGACUCUGGAGUUGAACUGAAGAUCAACUUUGACUCUGGCGCCAUUUCAGCCAAACAGGUCGAGCGAAUGUCGAUACAAUUUGAACAUUUGCUGCGACAGCUAUGCUCGGAGGAGUGUACUCGGAUGAGCCUGCGGGAUAUCACUGCUCUCACCAAGGACGACUUGGCUGACAUUUGGACAUGGAACGCAGUGCAGCCGGAGCCCAAGUUUGAAUCUAUCACCGAUGGCUUUCGUCAGCAAAGUGAUGUGAAGCCAGAGGCAGUUGUGAUAUCCGCGUGGGACCAGCAUUUAACAGCCCAAGAGGUGCAGGCUUGGUCUAUAACGCUUGCUGAUCGACUUAUUCAUGAAGGUGUACUUCCUGGGUCUAUCGUCAUUCUGGCCUUUGAAAAAAGCGCGUGGCAACCAGUGAUGAUGCUUGCAGCUCUCAGGGUUGGUGCAAUUGUUUUGCCGAUGUCUGUACCUGUUUCCAAAACUCGAGCCCUGCAAAUUGUUGAGAACUUGCAGCCCCAGAUUGUUGUUACCUCCACGUCGUCUAAUUUAUGUCCAUUCCACGAGGUGGUCCCAGUCCUCAGUAUCACUGGCCUCCUCACUCCGGAGAGGAAAGGGUCCGAUAUUGCUGUCAAAUAUUCACCACACUGCCACCUGCCCAGUGAUCCUGCUCUUCUUCUAUUUACAUCAGGGUCUACAGGAACACCAAAGGCCAUUGCGUGGAGUCACAGCGCCUUAUCAACCAACAUUCAAGCUGCAAUCGUGGCAUUUGAAUUGAACGAUACGAGCCGAGUCUUCCAGUUUGCCGGUUACGAUUUUGAUGUGAGCACAGUAGAGACUUGCGCUGCUUUGCUUAGUGGAGCUUGUCUGUGUAUCCCAUCCGAGACGGACCGAAAAGAUCGACUGACUGACGCAAUCAACGGCUACCACGCCAACUGGAUGUGUCUGACGCCAUCUGUGUCAGAGACCAUAGCCCCGGGUGAUUUGCCAUCUAUGCAAACAGUGGUAUUUGCGGGCGAGAAGCUCGAGUACAAGACUGCUAUUCGAUGGUUAGACACACAAAAAACGGUUCAUAACUGGUACGGACCAGCGGAAGCCUCGGUGGCUACUUCGUGCCUUGUAAGUCACGGCAGUUGGCGUCCAGGUAUGAUAGGGAAAGGUCGCGCCGGGUUAGCGUGGCUUGUCGAUCCGAAAGAUCCAAACCUACUGGCUCCAGUAGGAGCUGUGGCCGAGUUGUGCAUGGAAGGCUCUAUGCUGGCUCAAUAUGCUGGAGUCAAUAGCACCGUGUUGAACAAAGAGGGUUUUAAUUCCCCAUCGUGGCUGCAAGAUGGCCACUGGAAGACCUCUGGUCGACCAGGUCCAGUCUAUCGUACCGGGGAUCUGGUUACGUACGACUCGGAUGGUAAUAUCAUCUAUCUUGGGCGUCUCCAGGAUUCCCAGCGAAAGAUCCGAGGCCAGCGGAUUGACCUGGGAGAGAUAGAGCGGUGCAUUCAAGACUUCUUGAUUGGCAUAGUGGACACAAUGCUUGUCGCAGAGAUAUUUUCUCCGGCUUGCGGUGACAACGAUACUUUGGCCCUCUUCGUUAGUCCUGCUGAUGCCGUUGGCCGUGCAGAUCCCAAAGCAUAUCUGCAAAGUGCGUGGCCGGCCAAUGAUCUGGAGAACCAUCUUGCUAGUAUCCUCCCAUCUUAUAUGAUCCCCAGGAUCUACAUACCGCUCAGUGAACUCCCUAUCGGUCCGACAGGAAAGACGGAUAGGCGACGAUUGCGAGAGAUUGGAGGUUCCCUCACGUUGGCGCAGCUGGCAGAAAUGCAACCAACCCGAAAGGAAGCCCGGAAGGUGGCUACGGAAAGCGAGAGACUAUUGCAGCAAAUGUGGGCUCAUGUGUUGGGGGUUGAGCCAGAUGUUAUCUAUGCGACCGACCACUUCCUUCGCUUGGGGGGAGACUCGAUCAGCGCCAUGCGCCUUGUUGGAAUGGCACGUAGUCAGGGCUUUGCCCUCACUGUUGCAGAUGUGUUCGAUUUCUCCGAAUUAGAAAAGAUGGUCGAGAAAAUGGUCCAGAGUGAAAGCCAGUCGGAUAUGCAAGACAUUCCCGCAUUCUCCCUUUUACCUCUUGGGGUGGACGAGUCACAAUGCCGAUCAUAUGUUGCUCACAUCUGUUCGGUCUCGCAAGAUCAAGUGCUUGAUGUCUACCCUUGUACGGCACUUCAAGAGGGAUUGCUGGCGCUUGGAGCUAGAAGACAGGGACAAUAUAUAUCUCGCAGUGUAUUACCACUUCAAAGCGAUAUCAAUCCAGACCGACUCAAAAAUGCCUGGGAAAAAACAAUCGCUAAAUUGUCUAUCAUGCGAACCCGAAUUGUGGAUCUCCCCGGCAAAGGUCUUGUGCAGGUCGUUCUCAAUGACACGCCCUGGAGGUCUGGUGAAAACAUCCAGCAGUACUUGCAUGAGGAUGAGACAGAGCCGAUGGGCCUAGGAACCCAGCUGUGUCGUGCGGCCAUCAUCGAUCGCACGUUCAUAUUUACCAUCUCGCACUGCUUAUAUGAUGGCAGCUCACUGCCCAUGAUUCUCGAAGAACUCCAAGCACAAUACUACGAUCAGCCUGGGAGGACAGUCACUGCAGUUGAGCAUUUUAUUCGCCAUUUGAGCCAGAUAAAUACUCAGGAAUCGGACGACUUUUGGAGGGCCCAGCUGUCUCGCGCUGAGUUCCGCGCAUUCCCCGCUCUGCCAUCUACAACAUAUGAGCCACAGGCUAGUGACUUUAUGGAGCAUCCAGUUGCUCUACAUUGGCCUUCCAAGGGAGCAACCCCAUCCACAAUCCUCCGUGCGGCGUGGGCGGUCCUCGCAUCACAGUAUGUGGCAUCCAACGAUGUCAUCUUUGGGGUGACAGUGAGUGGACGACAGGCAAAUAUAAACGGCAUGGAAAACUGUGUGGCGCCAACUAUUGCAACAGUUCCGAUUGCCGUAUCAAUUGAUUGGGAGAAUACGGUCGAGACAUUCCUCCAAGGCCUCCAAAGACAGGGACUGGAUAUCAUGUCUUAUGAGCAAUACGGCUUGCCGAAUAUUCAACGAGCCAACGGAGACCGUAAUGCCGGGUUGUUCCAGACUUUGCUGGUAGUCCAGCCAAUAGCUACAGGGAACAGCCUGCAUGAAGAUAGCCGAUUGUUCAAGGCACGCAGCUUCGCCUCCAGUUUGAGCACCAUGGGAAUCGACCCAUUCAACGUCUACGGGUUAAUGGUCAUCUUUCAACUUACGACCUCGGGGGUUAACAUCCAAAUGAGCUUUGACCCAAGAAUUAUUGACAAGCGGCAGGUUAAGCGGAUUGUCUACCAACUGGAGACAGUCAUCCGCCAGUUAUGUACAAAAUCCCCCGAUAGGACUACACUCAACACCAUCCAGACAGCCAGUGAGCUCGACCUGGAGCGCUUCUGGGCCCAGAAUGCAGAACUGCCUCCGGACCCAACCAUGUUUGUACACGACAAGAUUACUUUAUGUGCCAAAACGGACCCCGAGGCUAUUGCCAUUGAUGCAUGGGACGGUCAGUUCACAUACAGCGAGCUGGACCAGCUCUCUACCGUUGUCGCGCGCAAGCUAAUUCUGCAUCUGGGCGUCAAGAAAGGGUCCGUUGUGCCGUUGUGCUUUGUCAAGUCUCGAUACAUGCCAUUGGCCCAGGUUGCCGUCUGGAAAGCCGGUGCAAUAACCUUGUUACAAUCAGCAGACAUGCCAGAGCAGAGAAUGAGCCGUACUUUCCAGCAUCUUAGUGUAGAGGUUGCCCUAGCUUCACCUGAGCGCUUGGCAACGGUCUCGAAAUAUGCUCGCUGUAUUACCAUGGAGCAAAUUCUGGAGACUCCAUUGGAAGAAAAUAUCAUGCCGCUACCCGUCCUUGAGAUGGAUAACCCGGCCUCAGUUUUGGUAUCCUCUGGUAGCACCGGCGAACCGAAACAUGUUCUCUGGAGUCACCGAGCUCUGGCCGCAAACGCAGAGGAACCGACCCUGCGUUUGUCGGUAGCCUCCUCUUCUCGCAUGUUCCAAUUCUCAUCGUAUGAUUUCGAUGUCGCCACCCUGGAAACAAUCAUUGGGCUGACUCAUGCCGCUUGUCUCUGUAUUCCAUCAGAAGCCCAACGCCUCGAUGGUAUCGCGGUUGCAAUUAAUCAAUACAGGGCGAACUGGGCAUUUAUCACCCCGUCCACCGCCCGAUUGCUGCGUCCACAAGAUGUACCGGGGCUUUCUACUAUUGUGAUGGGGGGUGAGAAUAUGUUGCAAGCCGACGUCGAAAGGUGGAAAGACCACUGUGCUGUCCGCAAUUGGUACGGGCCUGCUGAAUUCCCUGCAGUAACCGUCUACCCGGCCGAUGAGCCCAAUUGGUCCAGCAGUGUGAUUGCACGCAUUGACUUGUUCCGUUGCUGGCUUGUAGAUCCGCAAAACCGCCACAGACUUGUCCCAUAUGGUGCGGUCGGCGAGAUCGUGGUACAGGGGCCUGCACUCGCCAGUGGCUAUGUCGGAAAUGCAUCUCUCACAGACAAGCACUUCUACCAAAAUCCCACAUUCCUCUCUCAAGGUCUCGGGACUGCCCACGCAGGAAAGCACGGUCGUGUGUAUCGAACAGGGGAUUUGGCUCGAUAUGACUCCGAUGGCUAUCUUAUCUUCUUAGGCCGCAAGGAUGAACAGAUCAAAGUUCUUGGUCAGCUUGUGAUACCCAAGGAGGUCGAAACCCAAAUUCAACAAUUUCUCGAUGGACCAGGCGAGCACACUGAGGUUAUCGUCGAUACCAUCUCACCCCCAGGUGGAGGCGGGGUGAUCCUCGUGGGGUUCAUCGUAACCCAAGAUGAUAUCGACCAAUUAACCGCCGGACUCAGCCAGAAGCUUCAGAUGGUUCUUCCUCGGUAUGCAGUUCCAUCGUGGUAUAUCGCGCUUGCGGGUAUCCCUUUGACUACAAACGGGAAACGAGAUCGAAGGCGGCUGCUUGAAAUUGCUGCAUCGUGCACUCCAUCCAGCCAAGGAUCCACGGGACGACUACCAGUCACGACGGCUGAAAUCACGUUAGCGAGGUUGUGGGCCCUUACUUUAGGAAUGGAGCCAGAGACGAUAUCGGCCACCGACAGCUUCCUACAGGUCGGCAACUCCAUUGAUGCCAUGCGAUUGGUAGGUACCGCUCGCCAACAUGGCCUGUUGCUCACUGUUGCUGGGGUGAUGGAAUUCCCAAUUUUAGAAGAAAUGGCCAGCCUGCUGCGGAACCUCGAAGAUGCACCAGAUGACAGCAUCGAGGCUUUUGCACUAUUGGAUACUGGCCGAGACCAGAACCUCGCCCUCCACCAUGCAGCAUCCGCUUGUACUGUCAACGAGGCCGACAUUGAGGAUAUAUUCCCCUGUACCUCUCUCCAGACAGGUCUGCUAGCUUUAACAAUCAAGUCUCACGGGGAUUACACCGGCUGGAACGUGCAGGAGCUAGGCUCUUCGAUAGAUGUCCACCGCUUUGAACACGCUUGGGAAGAGCUGGUGCGCAUAGUGCCUAUCCUCCGCACACGAAUCGUCGAUCUUCCUGGACAGGGAUUUGUGCAAGUUGUAAUCCGAGAGAAGGCUACUUGGAGCAAGGCUGGGAGCGUGGAGGAAUACCUGAGCCAGGAUCGUCAGUAUCCCAUGGGGCUGGGUACCCGUCUCAUGCGGUGUGGGCUGUUUUCAUACAAGUCAACUGAUGAACCGCCUGGUGUCUCAGGCCCUGUGCGCUGGUCCUUUGCAUUGACCAUGCAUCAUUCGAUAUAUGAUGGGCCGACUUCAGCAAUGAUAAUGGGCACGCUGAAGAGCCUUUACCAUGGGGAAACGCCUCUUCGACUAUGUCCCUUCCAGGCUUUCGUCAAGUACAUCUGCAAUCAGAACAAGGAAGCCGGAGCCAAUUUUUGGAAGACACAAUUUGAAGGCUGUGAAGCCUCGCAGUUUCCACUACUUCCCUCGGCUAGUUAUCAACCAAGAACCGAUUCUACUCAAACCGUUCUAAUCGACAAUGUUAAAUGGCGAACAGACGGUUUCACUCCUUCUACCAUCAUCCGCGGAGCAUUUAGCCUCGUAUGCGGCCAAUAUGCGAUCUCGUCCGAUGUGGUAUUCGGCACGGUGGUGAUGGGGCGCAAAGCCCCCAUCGAGGGCACCGAGAGGAUUCCAGGUCCAACCAUUGCCACAGUUCCUGUGCGUGUGCAGAUCAAAAGGGAUGCCACUAUUCCACAAUUUCUUCAAUCUAUUCAGGACCAAGAGCGAGAGAUGGUCCCUCAUGAGCAAACAGGAUUGUCCAACAUCCGGCAAGUCAGCACUCCGGCAGAAGAGGCAUGUCGCUUCCAGACCUUGCUCGUGAUCCAACCACCCGAGCAGGCUAUGGACGAUACUGGCUUAUUUGUCUUCCGGUCUGCCGAACAAGAUGAAGCCACCAGAUACCAUAGCUUUAGCUCGUAUGCACUAUCGGUAGUGUGCAACCUGGAGUCAGGUAGGUUGAAGGUCGAAUUUUGCUAUGACUCCACCAUUGUCCAGUCAGAAACCAUUCAAACCAUGGCAGCGCACCUGGAUCAGGCUGUUCAAAUCAUGUGCAAGCAGCAGUUACCCCACACCACGCUGGGGGGUGUAAACAUGAUGACGCAGUCUCAUCUAAAUGACAUCUGGACCUGGAACGCGAAAUUGCCUGCCGUUAUAGACCGAUGCAUGCAUGAUCUCAUCAAGAAAGUUGUGCAAAUCCAGCCUGACACAGUGGCCAUCUCUGCGUGGGAUGGUAGUUUGACAUAUUCUGAGUUAGACCGACUGUCAACCAGGCUUGCAACCCAAUUGGUCGACAUGGGUGUCAAAAGGAAUAUGAUUGUGCCGCUUUGCUUUGAGAAAAGCCUGUACGCCAUGCUCGCCGUUCUUGGAGUCAUGAAAGCUGGCGGCGCCACUCUUCUCCUAGAUCCAUCAUUACCAGAUUCUCGCCUUGAUGGUAUAUUGCAGCAGGUAGAUCCCACUGUUAUGUUGUCUUCAAUCUCACAGCAACAGCGCUGUUCCCGAUGGGUGGCUCACCCAGUGGCCUUGGGGAAGCAAUCCUCCCUUCUCGAAACCGAGAGGUUCAAUGGGACCGCGGAAAGUCACGAUCUCCCGGUUGUAUCUCCAGAUGAUCUUCUGUACACCGUGUUUACGAGUGGUAGCACCGGAACCCCCAAAGGAUGCCUCAUGCAUCAUCAACAAUUCGCCAGUGCUGUCGUCCACCAGCAAGCCACGCUUGAAAUGAAUUCAACGACACGCUUAUAUGAUUUCUCCUCCUACUCUUUUGAUGCAGUCUACUGGUGCCUCUUUCAUGUAUGGAACGCCGGAGGCACUUUAUGUAUCCCCAGCGAGGAAGAACGGAAAAGCGAUCUGACGGAGAGCGUGCGACGAUUUGAAGCUACGCACAUAUUCUUAACUCCCUCGACUGCGCGAUGGAUAGACCCCCAACGUACUCCUACCCUGCGCUAUCUCUUUCUCGGCGGUGAGGCGGUCUUGCCAGAGGAUCUCUCUCGAUGGCCUCCACAUGUCAACACAUUUGAGGUGUAUGGACCUUCAGAAUGCUCUGCUAUUACCCUCUAUCAUCGAGUUCCCAAGCCUACAGCUGCUGCUAUGCACUCUAUCGGGAAAGGCAUUGGCGUUCUGACCUGGGUGGUGGACCCAAAGGACCAAGACCGACUGGCACCACUUGGAACGGUUGGUGAGCUGUGCCUCGAGGGACCUCUGGUUGGACAGGGCUACUUCCAAAAUGAAGAGAAAACGGCGGCCGCCUUCAUCGAGGACCCAUACUGGCUAGGUCAAGGCUCCCCUGAUGGAACAGUGCCGGGGCGGCGGGGUCGGAUGUAUAAGACAGGUGACCUUGUCAAAUAUCAUCCACUCACUGGAAAUCUCGCGUUCGUGGGCCGAAAGGAUACACAGGUCAAGCUGCGAGGUCAACGCAUCGAGCUUGCAGAUGUUGAGCAUCAUGUCAUGCAAUGCCUAAUGGAUCGAUCUUCGUCAGGUGCUGCGCCAACAGCAGUUGCAGAAGUUAUAGAGCCAAUAGCAACAGGUCGGCCGAUGCUCGCCGUUUUUAUCGACUGUAAUCAAGCACAGUUGUCCGACUUAUUGCCCCAUCUUGAAGCUGAGUUGCCGAGCCGGGUUCCGUCCUACAUGGUACCUGCAACUUAUAUUGCAACCCCAUCUAUGCCGAUGGCAGCGAGUGGCAAGACAGACAGACGCCGGUUGCGCGAGAUGGGUUCCAGUUUGACCCUGGAGCUCUUGUCACCAAGCGAUGGCCCUACGGCUACGUUGGCCCCCACCACAGCCUCCGAGUGCCACCUGCAAGCUUUAUGGGUUGAAGUUCUCGAUAUAUCCGCCGAGAAGAUUGGGGCCGAAAGCAGCUUCGUUCGUCUGGGUGGUGACUCCAUUUCGGCGAUGCGGCUAGCAUCUUUGGCUCGUAGGCGGGGGCUGAAGUUGUCAGUUCAUAGUAUUCUCACCACGCCUCGGUUGUCGGAGAUGGCACAAGCAAUGUCUGCCUUGAUUGCGAUAGACGCCAACGAGAUGGAAGUCAUCAACCCAUUCUCUCUCCUAAAGGAUCCCUCAGAACAACAUGUUAUCUUGGACGACUUCGCGAGCCAAUGCGACAUCCAAGUUAGCCAAGUUGAGGACAUCUUCCCUUGUACGGGUGUCCAAAAGUCGCUCCUCUCCAUGACCGCCAAGCGCGCCAACUCGUAUGUCGCUCGACUCUUGCUCAAGCUGAGGAAGGAUGUCGAUGAGUCACGUCUCAUGAAUGCAUGGGAAAUGGUGAGUAGGGCUUCUGCUCCCAUUCUUCGCUCACGUAUUGUGGACUCUCCAACGGAGGGGCUCAUACAAGGUAUAGUGGAUGAAUCGCUGCACUGGGACAUCACUCAAUCGCUGCAGCAAUAUCUCCAAAAAUAUCAAAACAGGCCCAUGGGUCUAGCCACGCCGCUGACUCGGCUUGUAAUUGUGGAAGAUGAACGCAACCAGGAGCGAUAUUGUCUGCUAACCCAGCAUCAUGCGAUAUAUGAUGGCUACUCAUUAAAUCUUCUCGUGGACGAGGUGUCUAAGGCGUAUGAUGGCCCCCUUGAUGGCCAUAUCCCAGUGGCAUCAUUCCAAGCUUUCAUCAAGCAUGUCAUGGCGGUCGAUGCUGAGAAGGCAAAGGACUUUUGGUGUCGUGAAUUUGCGGAUUUCGAGGCAAUCCCCUUCCCAGCAUUGCCCCAUGGGGAUCAUCAACCUAAAGCAGAUAGUACGGUACGACGCAGUCUGGAGGGAUUUCAGUGGCCACGGCGAGAUGUCACUCCAUCAACCAUCAUUCGUGCCUCGUGGGCCAUUCUCACUGCGCGGUACAUGGACUCGGACGAUGUGGUCUUCGGCGCCAUGGUUACGGGCCGACAAGCUCCUGUCCAAGGUUUGGAUCGCAUGAUCGCUCCUCUUAUAAAUGCUGUUCCUAUUCGAGUCAAACUUGACUUCCAAGAAUCGGUCGAUAGUCUGCUCGCUCACAUCCAGAAGCAGUCCAUCGACAUGAUUGCCUACGAACAGACUGAGCUCCUCACAAUUCGGCGCAUUGACAAAAACACCGAUCGAGGGAGCCGAUUCAAUACUCUUCUCGUUGUUCAGCCGGCAAGUCAAGGCCAAUCUGUCGAUCACCCUCAUGGUCCCUACGAGAAUCCCAGGGAGCUUGUCUCCGCAACUCAGGAUCUCGAUGACUCCAACCCAAAUGCUAUCAUGAUCAUGUGUCAACUUACGAAGACGAAUGGUUUGCAGCUUGAGUUUAGCUUUGAUUCUAGAGUGGUAGACACAUUGCAGAUGGAACGAAUUGCCUCUCAAUUUGAGCACGUCUUACGUCAAGUAUGUACGGCCACGAGGCAGCCUGUCGAUCACAUUCAGACCCUCAGUGGUGCUGAUCUAGCAGAGCUGUGGGACUGGAACUCGUCUGUUCCACCAGCCAUCGCUGAAUGCGUGCACAGCUUGAUUACUAAAACUGCUCAAAAUUAUGGGGACCAGCCGGCCAUAUGCGCCUGGGACGGCCAUUUAUCGUAUUUUGAGCUGGAUCAACUUUCUAACCGGUUGGCCUCACACUUGGUAGCCUUUGGUGUUGGUCCUGGUACCAUCAUUCCACUUUGCUUUGAGAAGUCCAUGUGGCAUCCAGUCGCAGCUCUUGGGGUGAUGAAGUCAGGUGCUGCGUGCCUCUCAAUGGACUCAACUCAACCAGAAUCCCGACUGCAGUCCAUUGUCAAACAAGUCAAUCCCCGGGUUGUCCUCGCAUCGGCCAAAACUGCCAGAUUGGCAGGUCAUCUAUCUGAUGCUGAGAUCAUGAUUAUUGACCAAGAUUACCUGGAUUUAGUGGCUAAAGAUAUUCUCACCCAGCCUUUGCCCGCAGUUCACCCGUCCAAUGUUUUAUACGUGGUAUUCACCAGCGGCUCCACAGGAACACCGAAAGGCGUUGUGACUACACAUCAGAAUUUUGCCUCUGCUGCAACGCAUCAGGCAGAUAUGCUGCGUAUUCAACCGGGCACGCGCGUAUUUGACUUUGUCUCAUAUAGCUUUGAUGUAUCAUGGUCCAAUACCCUUCAGACAUUAAUCCGCGGAGGCUGUCUCUGUAUUCCUGACGAGUUGGAGCGUCGAAAUGACAUUUCGGGGGCCUUCAAUCGCAUGAAUUGCGACUAUUCGUACUUCACCCCCUCGGUGGUGCGAUCCUUGGAGCCAUCAAGCCUGCCAGGACUCAAAACCUUGGCCAUGGGGGGUGAGCCCAUUCCCACCACUGAGAUAGCUCGGUGGAAGCAGGCUGAGGCCAUCAUUGGAAUCUACGGCCCGGCUGAGUGUGCACAGGCCCUCACCUUUACACUUCUCUACCCUCAUGGGCGCAACAAUCAUGUAGGGUACUCAUAUGGGGCCCGGACAUGGCUCGUGCAACCAGGCUGUCCCGAUCGUCUGGCCCCGAUUGGCGCAGUGGGAGAGCUUCUCAUUGAGGGUCCGACGGUCAGUCGAGGGUAUUUUAACGACUCUGAAAAGACGGCCACUGCAUACAUCAAGAAUCCACCCUGGUUGCUCCAAGGUGCACCAAGCCUUCCAGGCCGCCAGGCCACCCUAUACAAGACGGGUGACCUACUUCGAUACAACUCAGAUGGGUCGCUAGAUUUCCUCGGCCGUAAGGACGGUAUGGUCAAGCUGCGAGGCCAACGAAUUGAGCUGGCUGAAGUAGAAUACCAUAUCCGCUCAAACCUGCGCCACCCUGAUCUAUUUUAUGGCCUGGCGGCAGAGAUUAUUACCCCUAAUAACAGCAGUCCUAUUCUUGCCGUCUUUGUUGCCCUCUCCCCCACUGGAGAGGAACAGUCCGAGGAAGACACUUUGUCGAAACUGACGCGUUUUGUUGACGGCUUGGAGGACAGGCUUUCCAGCUGUCUACCGCAAUACAUGAUCCCUGGCGCCUACAUCCCCAUUGAAAGGAUUCCAAUGACUACCACAGAUAAAACAGAUAGAAGGGCUUUACGGCAGUUGGGAGCUGUUCAGACUUUGGAGAACCUGGCAAAACUGCAGUCCCACGGGAAGACCCAUCGCGCGCCGACCACGGUCAUGGAACAGAAACUGCAAGCACUAUGGUCGGUGGUUCUUGGAAUGGAUGCGAACAUCAUCAAUGCCGACAGCAAUUUCCUCAGAAUUGGCGGAGAGUCCAUCGCAGCAAUGCGACUAGUGGCAGCGGCACGGAAUGAGAAGCUCUCGCUCACAGUCGCGGAUAUUUUCAACGCCCCGCGGCUCUCUCAACUCGCCCUUUUAGUUCAACAAACCACAAUGGAGGACUCUCUGCCAUUGUCGCGACCCUUCGCUUUGCUCGAGACGAAUGAUCCAAAGCCCUUCCUCGCUCACUUUGUCGAUCCUCUCCUCGACCCUGGGGCUGGGGCUGUUCUUGAUGUGCUUCCUUGCACCGACUUCCAAACAUGUGCUAUAUUGGAUGCUUUCCAAGACCCACCCAGCCGAUUGCCACAUUGGAUAUUUGACCUUCCAGCAAAUGUCGACUUCUCACGGUUAGAGUGGUCAUGCCGCAGGCUAGUAGACCACCACGACAUCCUUCGUACUGUGUUCAUUCAAACGCACGGUCGAUUCUGGCAGGUUUUGCUCGAACAUCUGAAUCCCGCGUACGACAACUUCCAGGCAAAUCAUGACGAUGAUAUUACAGCCUUCGUUGAUUCCAUUUGUGAGCUGGAUCGAAAAAGGAUUCGAACCUUUGGCUCUUCCUUCAUUCGAUUCAUGGCAAUACGGAGUCACUCUGGGCAGCACCGACUCAUUUUCCGGAUCUCGCACGCCCAGUUUGACGGUUUUAGCUGGGAUACGGUCCUCCGCAGUCUCUCUUCACUCUACUGCGGCGAUACUCUCCCUGAUGAACCGAAGUUUCCCCAGUAUAUUACCUAUAGGGAGGAUGAGAAGGCAAACGCCUUCGCCUACUGGUCCUCGCGACUGGAACACGCUCAAAAUCCCAACUGGACUGGUGUAGAUUACUCCAACCGUGUUUACACUACCACGGACCGGCUGACAGUGAAAGCGACAAUCCCAAUGCCCGAAGGCCGGUUGUUUGAGGGGAUGUCGCCCGCGACGUUAUUCCAUGCCGCGUGUGCUAUGACAUUGUCCCGCCAGUACCAACAAGCUCAUGUUGUCUUUGGUCGUCUAGUCACUGGCCGGUCGAUGCUACCGAGCAGUCUGCAAAAUGUGGUUGGUCCAUCUAUGACCGAGAUCCCUAUCAGCGUGCACAUUGAAUCCCAUGCUACUCUUUCGAGCAUUGCAUUGCAAUUGCAGCGUCAGAUCAUUGAGGAUUCUCGAUACGAAACCGCCGGGAUGGAAGAAAUUAUCCGGAACUGUACUGACUGGCCUGAUGACACAAAGGACUUUGGCUGGAGGACCUCUUUCCAGCAAGAAGAUGAUCGUAAUUUUACUUUCCUUGGGACAGAAAGUCGGAUAUCCUUCUACGAUGCGGAUCUUCUGCCUCGAAACCGACCGGAGAUAUAUGCUACCCCACGGGAUGGGAAGCUGGAUCUUGAAUUUGAGGGCAAUCGCCAGUUGAUCAGUGAGAAUGACGUUCAACGCUUCAUUCAAGAUCUGGAAACAAUUUUGAGUGACAUUUGA